AGCACGCUUGUCGAGAGGUUAUUAACACGACACUGUUCACUUGUGUUUAGAUAUAGUCGGAACGCGACGAAACGUGUUGCACCAGUUUACGAGCUUCCCAGUGAGCAUAUAAUUUAAUUACUGUCACGUUUUAUGCAAUCUUUACGACGUCUUGCGAACCCACUUGCGACAUCAGGCUUCCUAACCUAUACGCGAGUGAAACUACGAGGGUUUGUGACGAUGACGGGAAAAAUAAAAAUCGGAACGCACGACGGAUGUUUCCAUUGCGAUGAGGCUCUUGCGUGUUUCAUGCUGAAGACACUGCCACGAUACAAAGAUGCAGAAAUCAUCAGAUCACGAGAACAAAGUAUUUUGGACACUUGCGAUGUGGUAGUUGAUGUUGGAAGUGAAUAUAAUCAUUCAAAGCAUCGUUAUGAUCAUCAUAUGAGGGAUUUUAAUGAAUCAGUGAGUACAGUUAUAAAGAAACCAGGAUACGAUUGUAAACUGAAAUUGAGUAGUGCAGGUUUAAUUUAUUGCCAUUUCGGCCAUGAAGUUCUUAAGCAGUUGCUUCCAGAAGCAAGUGACAGUGAUAUAGAGACAAUUUUUAAGAAAGUUUAUGAUACAUUUAUUAAAGAAAUUGAUUGUAUAGACAAUGGAGUUUCAAUGUUUGAUGGAGAACCUGUAUAUCGAAUAGUCACGCAUUUAUCUGCUCGUGUACACUUUUUGAAUCCUAUAUGGAAUAGUAAAGACAUUGAUGUUCAGGAACAGUUUUUGAAAGCUGUUGAACUCACCGGCAAAGAUUUUGUGCAGCAUGUAUUUUGUACGGCAAAUUCUUGGCUUCCAGCUAGAUCUAUUGUGGAAGAAUCCAUUAAAAAACGAUUCGAGGUAGAUCCAAGUGGGGAAAUUAUAGAGUUGCCGUGUGCAGUGGAAUGGUCCGAGCACUUGUUUGCUAUAGAAAAAGAGUUGAAUCUACAGCCUACAUUGAAGUAUAUAAUUUUCAAAGAUUCUAGCCAUAGAGUUCGAUGCGUUCCUGUGGUGCCUAGCAGUUUUGUGUGCAGAAUGUUUUUACCAGAAUCUUGGGCAGGACUGCGAGAUGAGGAUUUAGAACGUGCUAGUGGAAUUGACGGCGCCAUUUUUGUGCAUUCGGUGCGUUUUAUCGGUGGAUGUAAAACCAGGGAGGGUGCGCUGACGAUGGCACGGAAGUCCCUUGAACUAGGAAAAUCGGAAUCUAAUUAACCGUAAUUGUAAUUUAUAUCGAUUAGUACAAUUGAACAUUACACCACAAUAUUUUAUAGCCAACAAUCAGAAAUAAAUAUUUCAACUGCAUAUU